AUGGAAGCAAGAGUUGGUCACCUUAGAUCUUUACUCUCUCCUUACCCUUCUUCUAUUGAAUGGGAAGCAAUGUUAGAUGUGUGGGUGACACUGGAUUUACUGUUCCUGUUAAAAGAGAAAAGCAUUGUGACUUGUUGCUUGAUCAAUAUGGUUAUGGCGGGUUUUGAUUUCCCGUUGGUCUCCUGGUUGGAGACGUCUCUUUUCCCAAUAUUUCCUCAUGUAUGGAGUGAGUUGGAUGAUCAUGUGUGGCUGGUAUUGCAAGGAUUCUCCUCCCGGCUAACACUAUUCACUGCCUUUAGUGUAGUGGUUGUGACUCUUUGGAUUACACGAGAUGCAAUCUUUCAAGAAGCUUAUGGAACCGUUAAUGUGUAA